GUCUACCCACAGGCAAUGGACAGUCGAGGCCCCUCCUCUCAGGAUCUCGGAGCCGUCCUUGUCAUCGGCGGCUGCGGUCUUCUCGGCUACCAUAUCGUCAAAUACCUUCUGGGGCACGGUACACCCCAAGACAAAAUCACCGUCUUCGAUAUCUCCACCAAAAGCAACCGCUGUCCGGGUGUUGGAUACGUUGCCGGCGACUUGGCUUCCAAAACAGAUGUUUCCUCUGCAUUUGAGAUUGCAAAGCCCGACAUAGUCAUUAACACAGCCUCUCCAGACGCAAUGACCCCAGGAGCAGAAAUCUUUUGGCAGUGCAAUGUCACCGGCGUCCAAAACAUCAUCUCUUGCGCCCAAGAGCGCGGCAUCCGUAUCCUAGUCUAUUCCUCCAGCUCUGAAGUCGUCCAGGACGGCUACCACGACAUUCAUUUCGCGACAGAAGACUGGCCUGUUCUUGAUAGCCCCGUCAAUGGAAGCGUCUACGCGAAGACAAAGGCAAUCGGCGAGGGCAUCGUCCUUAGCGCGAAUCAACAAAAGGGACUCCUAACCACUGCAAUUCGCCUAACGACGCUUUUCGGCGAGGCAGAUAUGGUGCUUACAAGGCAUUUCAUGCAAUUAGGAAGAUCGGGGAAAAUCAAGUUUCAAGUCGGUGCUGGGAGAAACUUGUAUGACUUUAUAUACGCCGGAAAUGCAGCAGAAGGACAUAUUCUUGCAGCGCGGGCUUUGCUACGAGCUGCUCAAUCUCCAGACCCCAUAUCCGCUGACAAGCGUGUAGAUGGAGAAGCCUUCAAUAUGAGCAACGGGGAUCCGCGGCUCUUCUGGGACGUAGCCCGCUUCGUCUCCACUUGUGCGGGCUACCCAAUUGACGAGAAGGACGUCUGGAAGAUCUCAAUGGGACUUGUGUGCUUCUUCAUGGCGAUCUGGGAGUGGAUUUAUUGGUUUGCGACGUUGGGAGGUAUGCCCGAGGUGACGAGGAGAAUGUUGAAGUAUACGGCGCAGGUCCGCACUUUCGACAUUACUAAGGCGAGGGAGAGAUUAGGAUACGUACCAAGGCUGGGGAUAGAGGAAGGAUUGAGAAGGAGGGUGGAGUGGCAUUUGUCGCGCGAGAAGGAGGGGCAGAGGAAGGAGGCGUAG